AUGGGUGAAAGGAAACUUCUAGGCCCUGAGAUUGUACAGGCAACAGUGGACAAGGUCAAUAUUAUACGGGCCAAGUUGAAAGCAGCACAAGACAGGCAAAAAAGCUAUGCGGACGUGUGUAGGAAGGAUCUCGAGUUCGAGGUUGGCGAUCGACUAAGUCCUCGCUACAUUGGACCGUAUGAGAUAGUAGAAAGGAUAGGUCCAGUGGCUUACAGGAUUGACAUGCCGGAGCAGCUUUCUCAAGUCCAUGAUGGUUUUUACAUCUCCAUGCUCCGCAAGUAUAUCUCAGACCCAUCACAUGUGUUGAAGACACCGGAGAUUGAAUUGAGGGAUGACUUAUCUUAUGAAGAGCAGCCAGUGUAG